AUGCCGCUGGCAGUGUUGGCAAUGGCCAGUGGUGAUCAGGGAGUGGGGGCCCAAGCCCGGCGUCGUUGGUUGCUGCACACGAGCCCGGAGGUGGUGUUCAGCCCGGCUUGCUGUCCUUCCCGGCUCCUCGGCCAGGUCCAGGCUUGGACGGCUGUCAUUGGAAGCCAAACUCUCCUUGAUGAAGCAACUGUUAUCUCAGGAGUUAAGCUUGCUAAACAAGUCCAUAAGGAAGUUCGAAGGGAUGUAGAAUCAUGGAUAUCCCUUGGGAAUAAGAGACCUCAUCUCACUGUCAUUUUAGUAGGAGACAACCCAGCCAGUCAUACAUAUGUAAAAAAUAAGAUAAAAGCUGCUGCAUAUGUAGGUAUUCAUAGUGAGAUAAUUCUGAAGCCUAAAGACAUUUCUCAGGAAGAACUUUUAGAUCUGACUCUCCAGUUAAACAAGGAUUCAAAAGUUAGUGGUAUAUUAGUCCAACUACCUCUGCCAGAUCACAUAGAUGAGAGAACAGUCUGCAAUGCUGUUGCUCCUGAAAAAGAUGUUGAUGGAUUUCACGUUAUCAACAUCGGACGACUUUGUUUAGAUCAGCCUUCUGUGAUACCUGCCACAGCUGCUGCUGUUUGGGAAAUUAUCAAACGAACAGGAAUACAGACAUUUGGAAAAAAUGUUCUUGUAGCUGGAAGAUCUAAGCAUGUAGGAAUGCCUAUUUCAAUGCUUUUACAUACUGAUGGAGGGCAUGAAAGGCCUGGAGGUGAUGCUACAGUGACGAUUACUCACAGAUACACUCCAAAAGAGCAGCUGAAGAUCCAUACCCAACUGGCAGACAUUAUAGUAGUAGCUGCAGGUAUUCCCAAGUUGAUUACAGCUGAUAUGGUUAAAGAAGGUGCCACUGUGAUUGAUGUAGGAAUCAACCACAUCCACGACCCUCUUACAGGGAAGACCAAAUUAGUAGGGGAUGUGGACUUUGAUGAGGUGAAGAAGAAAGCUGGCUUUAUCACUCCAGUACCAGGAGGAGUAGGGCCCAUGACUGUUGCAAUGCUACUGAAGAACACACUCCUCGUUGCUAAAAAACUCAUCCUCUAGAAAAUAGCUGCUGCAUUAAAAAAAAAUUGAAGUCAUUCUAUUUAUUGAUAUGCAAAACAUUUAUUUUUACUACAAAUUAUUUAUUUCUACAUUUUAUUUAUUUUUUCAUGUGAAAUAUUUGAAUGGGAUUAUGUACAAAAUGUUACGCUAUCUUAUGUUACUUCCUAUUGCUGAAUUGUGAGUAAAAGAAAUCACAGCUACAGCUUUCACCUGUAUUGUUCUGUGGGUAAAUCUACAUUAACAUAAAGAACUAGCAGUAACAUUAAAAAAAAAUACUUAUGGGCACUGAUACACAAAUGUGGAGGCCACUCCAACAUGCUGGAAUGCCAGCGCAUUGGAGCAGACUUGAUUAAUUGAGUCUGCUGGAGAGUGGCAAUUACCAUGCUCCAGCACCCUCCUUGAGUCUUGUAUAUCA